AUGCGGUUUCUCUGCUCGUUUCUCUACCUAUUUAAUUGUGUUCACGGCUUCAGAAUCGGAAGUAGUGACGUCGAAUUAGGGAUUAAUGAAGUUGAACAUGACGAAGAUAGCGUCAGGAGCUUCGAAGAUCAAAAUGAGAGCUUCAAAAGUCAAAAAGGCAAGUUUAGAAGUCUGAACGAUACCUCUCAAGAUGAAAAUAGUGGCUUCUUUAAUAUCUACAAGACCGAAUGUUUGAGUUACCAUGACGUCACGAAUGAAGAGGAUGAGAAGAAGAUUCAAGAAAGAUUGAAAAACGCCGCUAGAAGUCAUCUACAACAACAAUCGCACUUGAUCAAUAGAGAACACUUAUUAGAAUCCAUGGCCAAGAAUGGCAGACCAAGAGUUAAAAGGGACUUCGGAGUUCUUACUAGUCCAGUAGCCACAGCUGUAGUUACAGGAAUGAUUGGUAAGUCAAGAAAUAUUUUUGAUACUUUUUAUAUAACUAUAUUUCAAGAGAAUUCGUCUCACUUUAAGUAAUAUACGAUGACUUUAAUGUCAUUUUUAGCGCAAGACGACCUUUUCUGUUUUGUCAUAGGUUUUCAGUAAAACAUUACUUGAAAUAAAUCAAUGUCACUAGACCUGGAUAAAAAAUCAGUUUUUUAAAUCACAUUAUAAAAAAUGAGUUUAAAUUUCUUUAGGUAUGACAGCAAAGGUAGUGUCAGAUAUCACAACAUUUCGUGCAACUCCAUCUUCCGGAGGCUGUGAAUGGUUUGGCACAGCUCCAUUAUGUAACUAUGCCUGUCCUAGCGAUUAUGACUAUGUCAGAGGACAUAAUGGAAGAUGUUCCAACUUUUGGCUAGCCGAUACCUGCAAACCAGAUGAGAGUUUUGGAGGACCGUGCUCUACAAUCCUAGGAUCCUUUUUCAAAAAGAGGUUUUGUUGCAAGUAAGUAUGACUUGCCUUGUAGAAAACAUAGUUUAGGGUUAAUUUGGUGCCUGAAUAAGAAUUUUAAGUUGCACUUUACAAAAAAUCUGAAAAACUAAAAAAAACCCCGUUUAAACAUUAAAAAACUUAAAAAAGAAGUUGUUUUAGGUCUGAUCCAAACGACUGUACCUGGAGUGGUCGAUGGAUGGGAGCAAUGACUGCUCACAAUGCUUAUUGUCGAUACGACAACAAUAUUGGUAUCUGUGGUGCUCUUAAGUGUUCCAUUAACCACCAUGAAUUAAAGGUAUGUUAAUUAUACGUUACCUAUGUAAAAAAUUAUACUAUUGUACAUUGGUAACACAUUAUUUUACAUUUUAUAACUGUUCCUAAUCAAAAACAAUAAAUAAAAAAUUCGAUUAAAAAUUGAAUCGUGUAGAACGAAAUUCAAUUUGCAAAAUGAAACAAAAUAUUUAUGAAAAUAACUUAAUAUUCAAAUUAUUUUAGGCAAUAGACAGAACAGAAAUCACAGGAGAAAACUGUGAUCAGCUCACCUUGUUCAACAUGACAGGUAGUGCUACCUGUGGGUUUAUUGCCUGGAGCGAUUCGGAAGGAAACGCAAUUAACAGCUGGUACAAGACACGAUGA